AUUUUUCAGAUCUACAUGUAUACCAUGGACACUGAUAUGAUUCCAAAAUUCUCCUCGAAAGACGAGGAGAUUAACUUCUGGAAGGCUCUUUCCCUCAAGUACAAGAAAAAGUAAGAUAUGCACAAAUCAUGCCUUUUUAUGUUACAUUAAUGCUAUCUCUAUGGUCAUCAUCAGGCUUAACUUUUACUUGAACUCACCAGGAACUCAGAGGGGUUACAGUAUGAUGUUGGAAUCCUGUGGUUUCACUGUGCGUGGGAUCCAAGUAACACUACCUGUACUUUUAAAAUCAUGAAUACUUCUGAAAGGAAAUUCCCCAGCCAGACUUGUUACAUGGACCUCAAAUAGCUUUCAUCAUUCUGUCAUUUUAAAGAGCUGUAAUGAAUGAUAUAUCAAGUUUCACCUGUGAAAGUCCUUUUAUGUAAGACCUUGUUAGGAAUUUCCUUCAAUGCUCCUUUAUACUUCCAAAGGCACAUCUGGUUUCACAUUAAAAACAAAAGCCCUAGUAUGUCUCUCUAUUCUAAUAUAGUCUACUGAAUGGGAUUACGUAAAAGCGGUGUUUAGAUUUGUGUUAUCUUUUCUCAUCUGUGAGAGACUGGCAGUGGGCGACAGACGUGACUCUGCUCCCUGUAAUGGAAUUAGCUCUGGUGUAUUUCACUCAAUGAACAUUCUCAUCACACAGCAUAGGCCUACUACUGUUUGAAACAAAAGACUGCUGAUAAGAUUGCAGUGGACCACAGACACACCCGGCACUAAGUUAUAUAAGGAGAAGUUCCAUGUUAAAGGACCCAUGAGCACCAACAUAUGAAGUUUAUAGGAGCAUGCCAAAUUGGGUGUUAAAUGAAAGCUAAACGUUUAUUUUUUUUUAUUCAACCAUUUUCUAUUCUACAAAUUAGAAAUAAGCAAAGGCUUUGAUUUAUGGUCAAACAGAUGGAAAAGGGGGUCUUAGACAACAUCUACCAGGAAAAAGACUUAAAAGGUAUUAGAAAGCACAAUAAUGUUGAAGUAAAGACCCCUCCCAAAUAAUAUCAACACUUAUAUUUAGUUUUGAAGAAAUGAUUUGCCUUCUGUAAGUUGAAGAAACAUUGCCUUGUAAUUCUGUUUCCAAAAACCCACAUCUUUAAGAUAUUUAAGUUCACAGAAGUAACAAGUAAAGGUAGACUUACCAAAUAGUUAUAGUGUUUUUACUGAUAUCAAGUUUGUUUAUGAAUUAUAAAGUGAUUACAACUCGUAAUUCUGUUACCAAAUCUGCAUUUAUUGGCUACAAUGGGAAAUUGUAGUAACAAACCCCAGUUGGGUCACCUCUAAUGCAACCCCUGGUAGAUUACAGAACAGUACAGUACUCUACUUUUCUUUACUGUACUGUUCUGUAAUCUACCAGGGGUUGCGUUAGAGUUCAGAAAUCUGCAUUUUCAAAACACAGACCUUCAAAAAAUCUGCGUUAUAUAUAAAUCAUUUCACCUGCGUUUUAUUUUGAAAGUCAGUGUUUUUUUUGCUUCAAUAGAAUGAGUAGGGGCGUGCAACUAUUGUUUUCAAUGACAGAAAAUACAUUAGUGCAACACAUUUGGCAGAAAAUCUGGCUUUAUUUUCAUCAGAUGACAAAAGAAAACUGCAACACUAUUUGGCUGGCAGUCACACAAGUAAAUUAUCUUACAAUGAAAAAGAAAGGUACUUUUUGCAAAAACAAUGCAUGGCCAUCAUAUUUCUAAUGUUUAUCAUAGAAAGAAUGUAGCCAGCUACAUUUCCUAAUGUUUUGCAUGAAGUAAAUCUUGCAUUUUAGAGAAAAGUAGGGUAGGCUACACCAAGAAAAGUACAGAGACAAGUAGCUACACAUCAGUCAGAGCACUGUCUGCUGAUAAAAUGCGUGUUCGUGAAUUCUCAUCCGAGUGGAGAAGUGCAACUGAAGCACAAAAUUAGUCAGAUGCCGAGCUAGUAUUAUAAUAAGAAGCAUUUUCAAAUCAGCGUUUACAAAACACAGCAAAAUAAUUCUUAUGCGUUUUAGCUUUUUUUCCAACGUAGAAAAUGCACAAUUCUGCAUUAUCGCGACCCCUGUCUCUACGUACUGUGCUGUCCAAACUUGUGAAACAUAAACGUCUAUGAUUGGUUCAGAUUUGGUCUGGCCCAGGCAGACUGACCAAAGUUUAACUACUUUUCAACGUCCGGUGCCGGUCGAUGCUCAGUGGAUGAGGAUGCUUGUUACAGUAAAUGGAAAGAGGGUAGGUGGUAGGUGUCAGUAAGAGCCAGAAGAAGUGAAAUUAACUGGAGAGAGGAGAGAGAAGCAGAGGGAGAGUGAGAGGGAGGGGUUGUCCAGACUGUUUUCACAGUCUUGCUUUGACCACCAGAUGACAGAACGAGAAAGAAAACUAGAUUAGAGUUCAGUACAGUAUAAUGUACUGUAUUGUACUGAAGAUAUAUCUACUGUACUGAACUCUACUCUGUUUUGUACUGUACUGUACUCUACUGUGCUGUACUGUGAUGUCCUAACUUGUGAAACAUAGACGUCUAUGAUUUGGUUCAGAUUUGGCCUGGUCCAGACCAACCAAAUGUGGUCUUGUUUAGAGGCAGAGCUCAGUAGAAUAAUAGCCAGUGUGUAGAAUAAUAACCAAAUAUGCAAAAUAAGGAUAUUACAUAUUUCUACCUUUGUGUACCUAUUCAGGAUACAUCACCAUGAAGAGAAUUAUAUUUGUGUCCAUAAUUAUGCAUUUCUGUAUAGUACAGAUCAGGGACCCAUGAUGCAGGCCUAAUUCCGUUACUGUAAUUCCGUUACCGGAUGUAAAUCCACUUCACUUACUGUAGUUCAAUAACCAAAAUAUAUUUUUUUCAAAGUCAAGGUGUCAUGUCAUAGCUGACACCCCAUUCUAUCUGCAGACAUCUUUGAAUCUUAAUUCAGAGAAGAUGUUAAAAAUUGUCCAUGUGCAUAGAGUUGUAUGAUUAGUUCAACUUUGAAAUCAAGGGUUUUUGUUUGGUAACAUUUUGAAGUGAAAAAUGAGUCUCCGCCCAAUUCUGUUACUGUGGAAUUGCGCUAAGGCUCUCUGGAGAUUUACACCCGAGGGGAUUCAAAUCCACUUCCCUUUGUAUUGCUCGAUAAAUGUGUUUCAGAUGAAUUUUGUAGUGAAGCAGUUGUACAAUAUUCUUUCUUACUAUCAACAAUAGAUGCUCUUGCUUGAGGAUUCCCCCAAACACUGUUGCAAAAACAUUUUUUGUAGUAAAGUGAGGAGGAUGGACGGGUUCCCUGACAGCUCAGGGAUAUCCUAUAGGGACAUCUGCCUCAAGCGGUUCAAAGGCCACGAGGGUGCUGCUGCGUUUGGAAAAAAACACAGAUGGAGGAAGUGGGCUUUCCCCUUCAAAACACCACUGCCCCCAGGGUCACAGCACAGGACACCCCAUAGCAGGACAGUGAGUGCUCUUUGAUGGCUUUCCUGGCUCCAGGGACCCCUUUCACCUGUCCCGCCAGUCACAUGCCUGUAGCGUGCCAUGCCGAUGGCCCCCGGUCAUUGACAUUUUUAGAGCAGCUGUAUUUAUAUCCAUGGCUGUAGCAGGCGCCAGACACUUACUUACAUAACCACACUCAACCCCCCCACCCUGAAACGCUGUUAAGCAGUGUAACAGUACAAAUCCUGUGUGGGCGUUGUUAACCCAAUGAGUCCCACCGUAACAAGGGCUGAUCCCGUUGGGGCCCAGGGCCGGGUCUUUUUACAAAAACGUCUGUAGAGUCUGAAUGGUUUGAGUUACACAAAACAUGCUCUGCCCUGGUCGCAUACCCACAGUAAACAACCCAACCUCGUGGUUAUUUAUAUAAUAUCUACUGGUGCUCUGGGUAACGGACAGAUAGUUUGUUGCCAUAUGGAGAGGCCAAGGUGGACCAGUGACGAGAUGUGUUAGUAAACAAUGAGGUGAAGUCAAAGGGUUCUUUUGAUUAGCUGGAUCAUGUGAGUUCAGUGUAACAAAAUCAGAAUCACGUUUAUUGUCCUACAAGAGGAAAAUCUUGGCCCAGCUCACACAUGAAUACAUAACACAAAUAUGAAAACACAGAAGAAACAAACAACAGUCAGGCAUAAAUCCUGUGUGGUCUUUGUUAACCCAAUGAGUCCCACCGUAACACCGUUUUGGACUUCUAACCCUUUUUAAACAUUGUGUGUUUGAGCUACAGACUUCUGGGUUGUACCAUUGGGCUUUGUUAAAGGGAUAAUCCACCCCAAACCACUUAUCUCUACGAUUAACAGUGUUAAAUAACACUAAUAUAUGAAAAUAUUUUUUUUGUAAACAAAUAUUUCAUUUUGUCGUUAUAACAAGGUUAGUAGAAACGUGAAAAUCGUUUUUGGAAAUCUGUUUGCAGCUCAAGUCUACUACAAAACCCACAAUGCAAUGCUCUCUCUCUCUCUGGGCUGGCUGGCUAGCUAGCUAGGUAGGUAGCUAGCUAGAAAACAUAGCUACACACAAUAAUACCAAAGUCAAUAUCAGCAUGUAAAGUAGCUACCUAGCUGAAAAAUCGCCUUAUCAAACUGCACUAUCAAUUUAGGAAUCUUACUCACGAAGUUCAAUUUGUAGUUCGUCUCUGCCACUGAGCUAUAAACGGUGUCUCUGCCCACAGCGAGAGCAGAGUAAUGUUGUCAUGAGCUAGAGCGGGGUUUGUGAGGCAAGCGCGGAUCCCGAAGGGGCCCGGGGCCGGGUCUUUUUACAAAAGCGUCCGUAGAGUCCGAAUGGUUUGUGCUACACACUAUUAAAAGCCAUGUAGGAAAAGCUGAGACUCAAUGCUCAAUGAUGCUCACAAGCUACACAAAAGUCGAUAGAAGGUAAGGGGUUCUUCUACAUAGAAGAUCAUAGGAAAUCCCAGGACAUACAUUGAGUGUACAAAACAUUAGGAACACCUUCCUAAUAUUGAGUUGCACCACCUUUUGCCCUCAGAACAGCGUUCUGGCCGAUGUUGACUCUAAUGCUUCCCACAGUUGUGUGAAGUUGGCUGGUAGUGGAUCUCUACUCUGAAUAGCUCGUUCCCAUCUCAUCCCACAGAUGCUCAAUCGGAUUGAGAUCUGGUGACUAGGCAGGCUGCUGCAGUAAGCGGAAUUCACUGUCAUGUUCGUGGAACCAUUCCUGGACAAUCCUAGCCUUGUGGCAUGGGGCAUUAUCCUGUUAAAAAAAACUAUUCGCAGAUGGAUACACUGCUGCAAUGAAGGGAUGCACCUGAUUGGCAUUGAUGUUCCAUAUCCUGUGACAUUCAUACCUUACUCCACUUUUAUCAAGGGGCCCAAUGUGUGCCAUGAAAACACACCCCCACACCAUCACCACCAGCCUGCAAUGUUGACACGCGGCAUGAUGGAUGCAUGUACUCAUGUGGUUUUCUCCAUGCCCUAGUCCUCCUUUGUCCCCUUCAUCAAUUACCUGUUUUCGACCAGCCGUUGGCUGGAUGUCCUUUGGGUGGUGCACCGUUCUUGAUACACACGGGAAACUGUUGAGCGUGAAAAACACAGCAGCAUUGCAGUUCUUGACACACUCAAACCGUUGCGCCUGGCACCUACUACCAUACUCCGUUCAAAGCUACUUAAAUAUUUUGUCUUGCCCAUUCAUCCUCUGAAUAGCACACAUACACAAUCCAUGUCUCAUUUGUCUCAAGGCAUAAAAAUCAUUUAACCUGUCUCCUCCCCUUCUACACUGAUUUGGUGGAUUUAACAGCUGACAUCAAUAAGGGAUCCUAGCUUUCACCUGGAUUCACCUGGUCAGUCAAUCUAUGUCAUGGAAAAAGCAGGUGAUCCUACUGUUUUGUUCACUCAGUGUAGUGUCUCUAUAAUAACAUAAUAAGCUCACAUAGUUUCUGUCACAAGCUCCAAACUCCACACAUUUGUCACUGACUAGUUAGAUAUUUAUUUCCCGGUGAGCAAACCAUUUCUGUACUUACAUCAUUCAUAUAAAUUAAUUUUUAUCAGGUUUUUGCUUUAUUUGUGAAUAAAACUCAUGAAUGCAACUGUUUAUGUGAAUUUGUUUUGUGUUCUACUUGUAGCCCUGGUUGUCCUGAAAUAAAAUUGUAAAACACUUUAUUGUGAGGCUAAAUAUAUAAGUGCUGGACAUGCAGAUAAAUGAAAGUCUGAUAAAUGAAAAGCCAAGUUUUGCUGGGGUUUCGGGACUAAUAGGGUUAAGAUGUGUAACAGUACAAAUCCUGUGUGGAUUUUGUUUUACCCUACGGUUUUGUACACCAGCUUCAAACAGUUGAAAAUAUUAUAUUUUGGGUUAUGGAAAAUAUAAACUAUAUAUACAAAAACACUAUAUAUACAAAAGUAUGUGGACACCCCUUCAAAUGAGUGAAUUCAGCUAUUUCAGCCACACCCGUUGCUGACAGGUGUAUAAAAUCGAGCACACAGCCAUCCAAUCUCCAUAGACAAAUAUUGGCAGUAAAAUGGCCUUACUGAAGAGCUCAUCGACUUUCAACGUGGCACCGUCUUAGGAUGCCACCUUUCCAACAAGUCAGUUUGUAAAAUGUCUGCCCUCCUAGAGCUGCCCUGGUCAACUGUAAGUGUUGUUAUUGUGAAGUGGAAACGUCUAGGAGCAUCAACGGCUCAGCCGCAAAGUGGUAGGCCACACAAGCUCACAGAACGGGACCGCCGAGUGGUGAAGCACGUAAAAAUCGUCUGUCCUCGGUUGCAACACUCACUACCGAGUUCCAAACUUUGGGAGCUUCAUGAAAUGGGUUUCCAUGGUCGAGCAGCCACACUCAAGCCUAAGAUCACCAUGUGCAAUGCCAAGCGUCGACUGGAGUGGUGUAAAGCUUACCGCCAUUGGACUCAGGAGCAGUGGAAACGUGUUCUCUGGAGUGAUGAAUCACGCUUCACCAUCUGGCAGUUCGACUGAAGAAUCUGGGUUUGGCGGAUGCCAGGAGAAUGUUACCUGCCCCAAUGCAUAGUGUCAACUGUAAAGUUUGGUGGAGGAGGAAUAAUGGUCUGGGGUUGUUUUUGAUGGUUCGGGCUAGGCCCCUUAGUUCCAGUGGAGGGAAAUCUUAACGCUAUAGCAUACAAUGACAUUCUAGACGAUUCUGUGCUUCCAACUUUGUGGCAACAGUUUGGGGAAGGCCCUCUCCUUUUUCAGCAUGACAAUGCCCCCGUGCACAAAGCAUACAAAAAUUGUUUGUCGAGAUCGGUGUGGAAGAACUUAACUGGCCUGCACAGAGCCCUGACCUCAACCCUAUCGAACACCUUUGGGAUGAAUUGGAACGCCGACUGCGAGCCAGGCCUUAUUGCCCAACAUCAGUGCCCGACCUCACUAAUGCUCUUGUGGCUGAAUGGUAGCAAGUCCCCGCAGCAAUGUUCCAACAUCUAGUGGAAAGCCUUCCCAGAAGAGUAGAGGCUGUUAUAGCAGCAAAGAGGGGACCAACUUCAUAUUAAUGCCCAUGAUUUUGGAAUAAGAUGUUUGACAAGCAGGUGUCCACCUACAUUUGGUAAUGUAUUGUAUUUCACAGCGUUUUAGUUGGAAUGACUGCUUGUUUUGUCACAAACUGAAAUUAGGUGAACUAUUUGAAUUUUUGGAAAUGGUUUUUGCAUAUUCCACCUUUUUAAGCAGUGUAACAGUACAAAUCCUGUGUGGGCUUUGUUAAGCAGUGAAACAUGAUCUGCACUUUCAAUUUCCAACGUUUAAAUUGCCUUAAGACAUUUGUGUAUGUUUAAGUACCGAUGCCAUGAGGGAUUUGUAUGUUUUUAGAUUAACAAAGAAGAUCAAGGAUAAUAUACCAUUGAUCACAUUAGGCUGCAACACGAUUGUGUGAUUUUUAUUUAUAACUCUUAGAUACACUAUUGGGUCCAUUUCAUUUCAAAGUAAAAACCAAUAGACUGUAAAAUAACAAUGGUAUAAUGGUUUACUAACCAUGUCCUCUCCGGUGGUGUAUGCCCUGUCAGUUACCAGGAGGCCCAGGAGGAGCUGCUGGAGUUCCAGGAGGGCAGCAGAGAGCUGGAGGCAGAGCUGGAAACCCAGCUGGGCCAGGCCGAGCACCGUAUGAGAGACCUGCACUCUGAGAACAGCAGGCUCAAGAACGAGGUGGACUCACUCAAGGUACCAAGAUGGACACAAUGCGCUAGAAGGACUGAAUAAAUUUUUUUUGUGCUUGGAAUGUGGCAGUUACAAAUCUGAAACCCUGUGAAUUUGAGUUACCUGUGAAUUUGAAUAUUACAACCAUGACUUGGCAAGAAAAUAUUUACGAGGCGCCUUUAGCGUUCAUGCUGAAAAAGUAUGAUGCACUUCUUUUGACAACCUAUGAAACACGCCAUAUCCCUGACAUAAUAAAUUAUUGAUGACUAUUUGAAGCUUAUAUCAUCAUGGCUUGUCCUUUAGUGCUGUCUCCAGAGAGGAGGUAAGUUGUUGUAGCAUGUAUCUGUGAGUAUCCCAGCGUACAGGAUAUUAAUGAAAUAUCAGGCAUGGUCAACAGUAAAGUAGAGGGUUCUUAAUCAAAAAUUAAUGUGUAAUCUAAAUGAGAAAUCUCUUUCAUAUCAGUCAGGCAGACAAGGAACUCUUACUCAUUUUUGCUCUGAUCACUACUACGGGGAAACGGCCUAUCAACAAUAUCAUAUUUAGAGUUCCUUGUAGCUAAUGUGUUUUGAGUUCCCACUUCCUCAGGUGGUAAAUUAUGUAGCACAUUGCCUAGGCCAAUAUGCACAAAAAACAUGCGGGCAAAUUAAUCUAAAAAAGUAUAUCUGAUUAUUCUGGAUCCUAUAAUGACAUGUUGCACAUCAAAAUAUCCAUCAUGCAUUCCCUGAACUUGUUAGAUGAAAUAGCAAUUUUUUUCAUGAACAUGUUCGAUGAAAUAACUAACUUCUUUCAUGCCUUGGCACUUGAAAAAGUCAGUCUAGAGGCCUCCCACUUACAGUGGGGAAAAAAAGUAUUUAGUCAGCCACCAAUUGUGCAAGUCCUCCCACUUAAAAAGAUGAGAGAGGCCUGUAAUUUUCAUCAUAGGUACACGUCAACUAUGACAGACAAAAUGAGGAAAAAAAAUCCAGAAAAUCACAUUGUAGGAUUUUUAAUGAAUUUAUUUGCAAAUUAUGGUGGAAAAUAAGUAUUUGGUCAAUAUCAAAAGUUUCUCAAUACUUUCUUAUAUACCCUUUGUUGGCAAUGACACAGGUCAAACGUUUUCUGUAAGUCUUCACAAGGUUUUCACACACUGUUGCUGGUAUUUUGGCCCAUUCCUCCAUGCAGAUCUCCUCUAGAGCAGUGAUGUUUUGGGGCUGUCGCUGGGCAACACGGACUUUCAACUCCCUCCAAAGAUUUUCUAUGGGGUUGAGAUCUGGAGACUCCAGGACCUUGAAAUGCUUCUUACGAAGCCACUCCUUCGUUGCCCGGGCGGUGUGUUUGGGAUCAUUGUCAUGCUGAAAGACCCAGCCACGUUUCAUCUUCAAUGCCCUUGCUGAUAGAAGGAGGUUUUCACUCAAAAUCUCACGAUACAUGGCCCCAUUCAUUUUUCCUUUACACGGAUCAGUCGUCCUGGUCCCUUUUCAGAAAAACAGCCCCAAAGGAUGAUGUUUUCACUCCCAUGCUUCACAGUAGGUAUGGUGUUCUUUGGAUGCAACUCAGCAUUCUUUGUCCUCCAAACACGACAAGUUGAGUUUUUACCAAAAAGUUCUAUUUUGGUUACAUCUGACCAUAUGACUUUCUCCCAAUCCUCUUCUGGAUGCACUCUAGCAAACUUCAGACGGGCCUGGACAUGUACUGGCUUAAGCAGGGGGACACGUCUAGCACUGCAGGAUUUGAGUCCCUGGUGGCGUAGUGUGUUACUGAUGGUAGGCUUUGUUACUUUGGUCCCAGCUCUCUGCAGGUCAUUCACUAGGUCCCCCCGUGUGGUUCUGGGAUUUUUGCUCACCGUUCUUGUGAUCAUUUUGACCCCACGGGGUGAGAUCUUGCGUGGAGCCCCAGAUCGAGGGAGAUUAUCAGUGGUCUUGUAUGUCUUCCAUUUCCUAAUAAUUGCUCCCACAGUUGAUUUCUUCAAACCAAGCUGCUUACCUAUUGCAGAUUCAGUCUUCCCAGCCUGGUGCAGGUCUACCAUUUUGUUUCUGGUGUCCUUUGACAGCUCUUUGGUCUUGGCCAUAGUGGAGUUUGGAGUGUGACUGUUUGAGGUUGUGGACAGGUGUCUUUUAUACCGAUAACAAGUUCAAACAGGUGCCAUUAAUACAGGUAACGAGUGGAGGACAGAGGAGCCUCUUAAAGAAGAAGUUACUGGUCUGUGAGAGCCAGAAAUCUUGCUUGUUUGUAGGUGACCAAAUACUUAUUUUCCACCAUCAUUUGCAAAUAAAUUCAUUAAAAAUCCUACAAUGUGAUUUUCUGGAUUUUCUUUUCUCAAUUUGUCUGUCAUAGUUGACGUGUACCUAUGAUGAAAAUGACAGGCCUCUCUCAUCUUUUUAAGUGGGAGAACUUGCACAAUUGGUGGCUGACUAAAUACUUUUUUUCCCCACUGUAGCUACCUUGCUUCAAAGUAUAGCCAUUUGAUACCUGAUUCACUUAAUUAAGGAAUUAUUUUAUAAUACUUUUUGGUUGUAGGCUAAUGUUAUAGCACAUCAGGGGAGCUACUGGGUGUGUAGACUUUUGUUCCAGUCCAACUCGCCAGAUUCUACAAAUCAACUGCUCAACAUGACCUUGUGAAGUGGACUUAGAUGUGCCUGAGCAGUGCUGGAUCAAAAGCCUGCACAACCAGCUCUCCACGUGUUUUAUACAGUAAGAGUGGUGUAUAUUUGACUUAAUGGCAUUUUUUCACAGUGGUGUCAUAAUGGAGCCAAAAUUCUGAACACUUAGACUUUGUGAUCUAGCUAAUGAUUAGCGCCUUUGGGGUGGCCUAAACAAAUGCAGAUGGGCAAGGCCAUGCUUUAGCCAUCUAUAGCCUACCCGCUAAUACUAUGCUAUUACAUCUGUUAGGAUAAAAGCAGAAUGCUCAUUGCUAAAGUAGCACACCAGCCUGAUAAUAUGAGCCAUGUAGGCUAUAGCCUUUGGUGAAAGAGCCAGCCCUAAAAAUACUACUUUUUGCCAACAUGGGCUCAUUUCUGGAGGGGACUAUUAUCAGGUGUGUGGUUCCAUGAAAUUCAAAUUCAUGGAACCUGCAGAUGCUCUGUGUUUACCUCUGCCGUUUGUGCAUUUGCGUCAUUCUGAUUGGUCGAGUCAAUAUAUACAAAAAUUGGUAUCCGAAAAAAUGCAUUUCAGAUAUCCGAAAAAAUUUCAUGAUAUUCUAAUAUUGAAAUAAUUUAAAUUGCGUUAUGUAUGAGAGUUAGGGAUUGGCAUCAGCAUGUUAAUUCUCGCUCCAUAAUUAGCGCUGGGAUGAGCGUGGCUCUGUGUCCAUGUUCACAUUACGACUCCAGCCAUGCGAGUCAGUGAGUCACCCCACCGGUGACGGUGAGAUACGAAUGUGUUAAGAAUGUCAUCGGAUUCAAAACUUUUUCAAUUUAAAUUACUAUAUAAAAUUCUUGCUACCAAUAUAAUGUUAUUUAUAUGGGGGAUACAAUCUUCCCAGCUCUGCAGAUUUUGCUGCAAAGAGACAGAAUCAUUAGAUCAUUUGUUUUGGUACUGUCCAUUUGUAGCUUGUUUUUGGACACAGGUCCAGGAAUGGCUAAAGGAUUGCAAUAUUUACCUGGAGCUAACCCUGCAGAUAGCAUUACAGGGUGAUCUGAAAAGUCAUAGUCAAUUGAUCAAUAAUAUAAUACAACUUUUAUCAAAAAUGUUUAUUUUCAAUUUACAAUCUGUAGAAACAAUGAGAAUAGAAAGGUUCAGAACUUUUGUAAAACAUCACAGUACAGUUGAAAAAUAUAUGGCAAAUAGAAAUCCAAUAUGGAUGGUGUUGAAUGGAGUUGAAGGAUGGGAUUAAUAACAAGUAAUAACAACAAGAUAACUAAUAAUGUAAGCAUACUGUGUCCAUAAUAAGUAUAUAGGUUAUAUGUUGAGAGCUUUUGUGAAAGAGCUCAGUUAGAAAGAUAUGGCAUGUAGAAGCAAACCGGAUGGACAUCAUGAAAAUAAUCGGAUAAUUCCUUAAUUAAGUGAAUAUAUAUGUAUAUGUAUGGAUAUAUGUAUAUAUGUAUAUAUAUAUAUAUAUAUAUAUAUAUAUAUAUAUAUAUGUAUAUAUAUAUAUAUAUAUAUAUAUAUGUGUGUGUGUGUGUGUGUAUAUAUAUAUAUAUAUAUAUAUAUAUAUAUAUAUAUAUAUAUAUAUAUUAUAUAUAUAUAUAUGUGUGUGUGUGUGUGUGUGUGUGUAUAUAUAUAUAUAUGUGUGUGUGUGUGUGUGUGUGUGUGUGUGUAUAUAUAUACAGUGGGGAGAACAAGUAUUUGAUACACUGCCGAUUUUGCAGGUUUUCCUACUUACAAAGCAUGUAGAGGUCUGUAAUUUUUAUCAUAGGUACACUUCAACUGUGAGAGACGGAAUCUCAAAAAUCCAGAAAAUCACAUUGUAUGAUUUUUAAGUAAUUAAUUUGCAUUUUAUUGCAUGACAUAAGUAUUUGAUCACCUACCAACCAGUAAGAAUUCCGGCCCUCAUAGACCUGUUAGUUUUUCUUUAAGAAGCCCUCCUGUUCUCCACUCAUUACCUGUAUUAACUGCACCUGUUUGAACUCGUUACCUGUAUAAAAGACACCUGUCCACACACUCAAUCAAACAGACUCCAACCUCUCCAUAAUGGCCAAGACCAGAGAGCUGUGUAAGGACAUCAGGGAUAAAAUGGUAGACCUGCACAAGGCUGGGAUGGGCUACAGGACAAUAGGCAAGCAGCUUGGUGAGAAGGCAACAACUGUUGGCGGAAUUAUUAGAAAAUGGAAGAAGUUCAAGAUUACGGUCAAUCACCCUCGGUCUGGGGCUCCAUGCAAGAUCUCAUCUCGUGGGGCAUCAAUGAUCAUAAGAAAGGUGUGGAAUCAGCCCAGAACUACACGGCAGGACCUGGUAAAUGACCUGAAGAGAGCUGGGACCACAGUCUCAAAGAAAACCAUUAGUAACACACUACGCCGUCAUGGAUUAAAAUCCUGCAGCGCACGCAAGGUCCCCCUGCUCAAGCCAGCGCAUGUCCAGGCCCGUCUGAAGUUUGCCAAUGACCAUCUGGAUGAUCCAGAGGAGGAAUGGGAGAAGGUCAUGUGGUCUAAACUCCACUCGCCGUGUUUGGAGGAAGAAGAAGGAUGAGUACAACCCCAAGAACACCAUCCCAACCGUGAAGCAUGGAGGUGGAAACAUCAUUCUUUGGGGAUGCUUUUCUGCAAAGGGGACAGGACGACUGCACCGUAUUGAGGGGAGGAUGGAUGGGGCCAUGUAUCGCGAGAUCUUGGCCAACAACCUCCUUCCCUCAGUAAGAGCAUUGAAGAUGGGUUGUGGCUGGGUCUUCCAGCAUGACAACAACCCGAAACACACAGCCAGGGUAACUAAGGAGUGGCUCCGUAAGAAGCAUCUCAAGGUCCUGGAGUGGCCUAGCCAGUCUCCAGACCUGAACCCAAUAGAAAAUAUUUGGAGGGAGCUGAAAGUCCAUAUUGCCCAGCGACAGCCCCGAAACCUGAAGGAUCUGGAGAAGGUCUGUAUGGAGGAGUGGCCCAAAAUCCCUGCUGCAGUGUGUGCAAACCUGGUCAAGACCUACAGGAAAUGUAUGAUCUCUGUAAUUGCAAACAAAGGUUUCUGUACCAAAUAUUAAGUUCUGCUUUUCUGAUGUAUCAAAUACUUAUGUCAUGCAAUAAAAUGCAAAUUAAUUACUUCAAAAUCAUACAUGUGAUUUUCUGGAUUUUUGAGAUUCCGUCUCUCACAGUUGAAGUGUACCUAUGAUAAAAAUUACAGACCUCUACAUGCUUUGUAAAUAGGAAAACCUGCAAAUUCGGCAGUGUAUCAAAUACUUGUUCUCCCCACUGUAUAUGUGUGUGUGUAAUAAAUAUGCGAGAAGAAAAAAAACAUAUGGGGGAUUGGAAGUGAUGCAGACAAUUUACAUUGAUGGAAGUUACAAUCUAUCUGCAAUAUUAAAGCUGAUCUACCCCCCCAAAAAAAUCUGUGACACGUUGUUUAACGCCUUGUUAUAAGAUACUAUCUAUGUGGCGUAGGCUAGAAUGUGUUUUGAUGUAGUCAGUGUAGUAUGCACAUGUAGUUCAUGUAAAAUGGCAUUUCAGGACAAAGCAGGGCUUGUCUGGUCGAGGUUAGUGGUUAAUUGAUUCAGACGUGAUUUAUCCAGAAGAUAUAGGUCAGACAGGCAGGCAGACCCAGUCCCAUCUAUUGAGUUGAGCACCAGAGAGCUGGAGGAGACAUGGGUCACAUCAUCAUCCCAUAGCCUGAGAACGCUGGAGCACAACGGAGUGCUCUGAAAAAUAGAUGACAGAAUGUAGGUUAACGUGGCGGUUCCCUCCACUUGGGUGCGUGCGACUGUGUAGUGUUAGGAAAAUAUUUUAGUAAGUAAAACUCCCUUUCUUGGAAGCUUUAACGUCCUUUACCCAUUUUAAAAUGGUUGCAUGUUAUAAGUAACACCCUUUCUCUUCUCUCUCCUCAUCUCUCCAUCCCCCCUUCAGGAGAAACUGGAGCAGCAGUAUGCCCAAAGCUACAAGCAGAUCAACAUGCUGGAGGACGACCUAGGACAGACCCGGGGCAUCAAGGAGCAGCUCCACAAAUACGUCCGGGAACUGGAGCAGUCCAACGACGACCUGGAAAGAGCGAAAAGGUCAACAAAGAGACCAGACCACUACACAGUAUCUAACAGACACAUACUGGAUACAGCAUUAGAAGACGAGCUGUAUAAGUCAUAAUUUGAUAUUUACUGUGUACUUCAGGGUUAUGUUCAUUUUGGAGGAAAAGGGCAAUAUCUAACAGUAGUACUAAUCUAACAGUAGAAGCAAAGGUAGUCAUUCUCCGACCAUCUUUCAGAACACAAACCCAUACAUUAACCCCAUGCAGAGAGGUGCUGAUCAAUGAUGGAGGCUGAGAUGCUUGUUGUGUGUUUCCUAGUUAAUUGCCCACUCUGCUCUUCAUUGGGAGUAAUCAAACAGAUGGCAAAUCUCCAUUCCAUUUAAAACACUUGCCCAAUUGGGUCUGAUUGCUGUAAAUUAGAUUGAAUUGGAUUCAGAUCAGCACUGUCACACAUCGCCUGAGAUGUAGGUUACUUGGAGGAAUCGGGACAUUCGUUUGUCACUAAACAUUCAUUUUCUAGUAAAAAGCAUGAGCUGACGCACAUCUAAAAAAAAUUUGUAGAGGUGCUGACUAACGGAGAGUAAACUGUAUAAAAAGAAAGUCUCACGCUACAGUGCCUUCAGAAAGUAUUCAUACCCCUUGACUUAUUCCACAUUUUGUUGUGUAACAGCCUAAAUUAAAAAUUGAUAAAAAUAUAUGUUUUUCUCACCCAUCUACACAAUACCCCAUAAUGACAAAGUGAAAACAUGUUUUUAGAAAUGUUUGCAAAUGUAUUGAAAAUUAAAUACAAAAAUACCUAAUUUACAUAAGUAUUCACACUCCUGAGUCAAUACUUUGUAGAAGCAGCUUUGGCAGCAAUUACAGCUGUGAGUCUUUCUGUGUAAGUAUCAGAGCUUUGCACACCUGGAUUGUACAAUAUUUGCACAUUAUUCUUUUUUAAAUUCUUCAAGCUCUGUCAAGUUGUCUGAUCAUUGCUAGACAGUCAUUUUCAAGUCUUGCCAUAGAUUUUUAAGCCGAUUUUAAGUCAAAACUGUAACUAGAAAGCCAGUAUGAAGGUUAGCGCUCAGGCUAGAAUGAAAGGCGGCCGGUGUGUGGGAGAGAAAAUAUCUGUGGAGUUCAAAAAGUACUCGCACUCAAAACCGUGAAGAAGAAUAACCCAAGGAGGCCGAGAUGCAAAAAUAAUAUAAUUAAUUGAAUCCAUGCUCAAAAGAAUACAAAAAGUGAAAGUGCAAGGUGCUAAUAAAAAAUAAAAAAAACUGAGCAAAUGUUUCAGCCUUAUUAAAACUGUAACUAGGCCACUCAGGAACAUCCAAUGUCAUCUUGGUAAGCAACUCCAGUGUAGAUUUGUCCUUGUGUUUUAGGUUAUUGUCCUGCUGAAAUGUGAAUUUGUUUCCUAGUGUCUGUUGGAAAGCAGACUGAACCAGAUUUUCCUCUAUGAUUUUGCCUGUGCUAGCUAUAUUCCGUUUAUUUUUAUCCUAAAGAAACUCCCCAGUCCUUGUCGAUGACAAGCAUACCCAUAACAUGAUGCAUCCACCACCAUGCUUGAAAAUAUGAAGAGUGGUACUCAGUGAUGGAUUGUGUUUGCUUUGCCCCAAACAUAACGCUUUGUAUUCAGGACAUAAAGUUAAUUUCUUUGUCAUAUUUUUUGCAGUUUUACUUUAGUGCCUUAUUGCAAACAGGAUGCAUGUUUUGGAAUAAUUUUAUUCUGUACAGGCUUCCUUCUUUUCACUCACGUUUAGGUUAUUAUUUUGGAGUAACUACAAUGUUGUUGAUCCAUCCUCAGUUUUCUCCUAUCACAGCCAUUAAACUCUGUAACUGUUUUAAAGUCACCAUUGGCCUCAUGGCGAAAUCCCUGAGUGGUUUCCUUCCUCCCCGGCAACUAAAUUAGGAAGGAUGCCUGUAUCUUUGUAGUGACUGGGUGUAUUGAUACACCAUCUAAAGUGUAAUUAAUAACUUCACCAUGCUCAAAAGGAUAUUCAAUGUCUGCUUUUUUUUAUUUUUACCCAUCUACCAAGAGGUGCCCUUCUUUGCGAGGCAUUGGAAAACCUCCCUCGUCUUUGUAGUUUAAUCUGUGUUUGAAAUUCACUGCUCAACUGAGGGACCUUACAGAUAAUUGUGUGUGUGGGGUACUCCUGAACUUAUUUAGGCUUGCCAUAAGAAAGGGGUUGAAUACUUAUUGACUCAAGACUUUUCAGCUUUUCAUUUAGAAUUAAUUAGUAGCAAAUUCUAAAAACAUAAUUGUACUUUGACAUUAUGGGGUAAUGUGUGUAGGCCAGUGACUUAAAAUCUCAAUUUUAUCCAUUUUAAAUUUGGGCUGUAACGCAACAAAAUGUGGAAAAAGUCAAGGGGCUAUUAUUUACAUCCUCAUAUUUCAAUAUGGUUAAAUAUUGUAGGAUACAUGAUAUUAACAUCGUAAAUCAUUAUUAUUUCAUUUAAUCUUUGUUUAAUUGUUUCCAUUUCAUUUCAUCUUUGUUUCAUGUAAUCUUUUGGUUCAACCAUAAUGCAUAAUAACCAUCAUCAGCAUGGAGAACAUAAUAUGUGCAAGCUGAUAACUUGUGGAAAGAAUGUGUCAAUUUAGCAGACAUGUUCAUAAAAACAUUCAUUUAUCACUAAUCUCGGUUAACCCAGAACUUGGUCAGAGGAAUUUGGUCAGAUGCUCGAUUAUGUUUACGUAGUCUGUCCGCGAGAGAUGAAUAUAGCACACAACAACAUUCAUGCAUCACGGUGAAACACAGGUAUCAGCGAAUGUUUCAGCAUGCUCCUUUGUGUGCAGGAGCCAAGAGUCCACUGAACACCAUGUUUUCGUUCGAAUUAAUUUAUUCUCCCUUAUUUCUUUCUGCAGGGCUACGAUUGUUUCCCUGGAGGACUUUGAGCAACGUCUGAACCAGGCCAUCGAGAGGAAUGCCUUCCUGGAGAGUGAGCUUGAUGAGAAAGAGUCCCUCCUGGUCUCAGUGCAGAGAUUAAAGGACGAGGCCAGAGGUGCUUAUUGAUCCGUUUUCACUCAAACCCCUGCCUGCCUUUAUUAGAAAAUGAGCUGUUCUCUGUGAAAUGAAUAGAACCCAUGUUCUCACAGCAUUGCUUACAGCCGCAAAUUGUUGUUGGGAGAGACUAUAACAGCAUUAUCCGCAAUUUGAAUGUCUGGUCUGUUUAGAGUUAAAUAUUAUGUCUGUCUGCUUGUCUGUCAGACCUGCGACAGGAGCUCGCCGUCCGAGAGCGAAAUACGGACGUGAUCAGGAUGUCGGCACCCGCCUCGCCCACCCAGGAGAACAACGACAAGAUGGAUUCCUCUGUCCAAGCCUCACUGUCUCUCCCCGCCACGCCGCUCGCCAAUAGUAUGGACAACGCCUUCGCCAACCCAACAGGUAUGCUUUUGCUCUGUCCCCAACACCUCAAUAUGUCACCUAACCAUUUUUAUGUGCAGUAUACUGUAUGUCAAUGACUGUAUGAAUUAAUUUUCUUGUACUUAUUUCCCCCCCCAGAGUUGUCCAACGGCCUUGGUAACUCACUGACUCCCUCUGCCAGAAUAUCAGCACUCAACAUCGUAGGUGACCUGCUUCGGAAAGUAGGGGUGAGACAUACAUUUUUUCAAUUUGCCCACAUCACUAUUCACUGUAUGCCCUGGUACACUGAGACUGUGGGUGUUUCUCAAUAUGCAUAAUACCGUGCUCCACACUCUCAUGCUCCAAGUACAUUAUCCGAGGACGGUCUCUUGAGUAUGUUCUUGUGAGGACGAGAGUGUGGAUAACGCAUAAAACAUUACAUUUACAUUUAGCAGACGCUCUUAUCCAGAGCGACUUACAAAUUGGUACAUUCACCUUAUAGCCAGUGGGAUAACCACUUUACAAAAUGUUUUGUUUUGUUUUUUCUUUCUUUGGGGUGGGGUAAGGGGGGGUAGAAGGAUUACUUUAUUCUAUCCCAGUUAUCCUUAAAGAGGUGGGGUUUCAAGUGUCUCCGGAAGGUGGUGAGUGACUCCGCUGUCCUGGCGUCGUGAGGGAGCUUGUUCCACCAUUGGGGUGCCAGAGCAGCGAACAGUUUUGACUGGGCUGAGCGGGAACUGUGCUUCCGCAGAGGUAGGGGGGCCAGCAGGCCAGAGGUGGAUGAACGCAAUGCCCUCGUUUGGGUGUAGGGACUGAUCAGAGCCUGGAGGUACGGAGGUGCCGUUCCCCUCACAGCUCCGUAGGCAAGCACCAUGGUCUUGUAGCAGAUGCGAGCUUCAACUGGAAGCCAGUGGAGUGUGUGGAGUGUGCGGAGGAGCGGGGUGACGUGAGAGAACUUGGGAAGGUUGAACACCAGACGGGCUGUGGCAUUCUGGAUGAGUUGUAGGGGUUUAAUGGCACAGGCAGGGAGCCCAGCCAACAGCGAGUUGCAGUAAUCCAGACGGGAGAUGACAAGUGCCUGGAUUAGGACCUGUGCCGCUUCCUGUGUAAGGCAGGGUCGUACUCUCCGAAUGUUGUAGAGCAUGAACCUACAGGAUCGGGUCACCGCCUUGAUGUUAGCGGAGAACGACAGGGUGUCGUCCAGGGUCACGCCAAGGCUCUUCGCACUCUGGGAGGAGGACACAACGGAGUUGUCAACCGUGAUGGCGAGAUCAUGGAACGGGCAGUCCUUCCCCGGGAGGAAGAGCAGCUCCGUCUUGCCGAGGUUCAGCUUGAGAAGCACUCGCACAUGAUGUAUCUCCCCAUUCACUGAACCUUCUUCCAGCCAGGACAAUGGCAACAAUAGAGACAAAACAAGAAAUACACAAAGCAAACGUUUUACUUCAUAAUUAUCAGAUAGAUAUAUGUGAAACAUUGUAGCCAGCUAGCUAGUUAAACAGGCAAAAAUGACCUAAAACUAGUGUUAUGCAAGGUACAGUAAUGUCAAUUCUUCGUGGGUAGCUAGCUAGCAAUUCUUCGUGCCUAGCCAGUUAGCCCUAUUGACUUACUAUGGACUUACCCAUUCACUGAACCUUCCUUCUUCUAGCCAAGACAAUGGCAAUAGAGACUAAACAAUAUAUACACAAAGCAAACGUUUUACUUCAUAACUAUCAGCUAGUUAUAUGUGAAUUGUAAUAAUGUAGCUAAUCAGAUAGUAUAACAGGCAAAAAUGACCUAAAACAAAUAUUAUCCAAGGUAUAUGUAAAUUCUUCAUGGGUAGCUAGCUAACAAUUCUUUGUGGCUAUCUGGCUAGCUAACAGUAGUAGCUAGCCAGUUAGCUCUAUUGACUUACUAUGGGCUUGUGACCUACGCACACUAUAGUAGGUAUUGUAGGCAGGUAACCAUGCCAAAAUUAACAUAGCAUGUAUUUAUAAACGUAUCAAGAUAAAAUAUUGUAGCCAGGCAAAGUCGGAGUGUAUUUUCUCUCGCUUCAGCUCAAAUAAUGGCCGCCAUUGAUUUAGAGAAAAUGUGCGUCAUUUCUUACGUGGUUGCGUCAUAUUUAUUUUCAUACUUUCCGUUUAAGCUUGCAUCAAUGCAUGCUUCAAAAUAUGUACAAACGGAGUACGCAUUCGAGAAGUGCCCUCCGUGCUCUGUUUUGCAUACUUUGAUUUGGACUCAUACUCCGACCAUCCCGUGCUCCAAUUUGCGUGCUCGGAGCAUGGUAGUAUGCAUUUUGAGAAACAACCCUUGUCUUAUACCAUAUUGGCAUCUCUUGCUAAUAGUGGAAGGCCUCUUAUCUUUCUUCAUUCUCUAUGUCCGUCUCAGGCUCUGGAGUCUAAACUGGCAGCCUGCAGGAACUUUGCCAAGGACCAGAAAGCCAGAAAGUCUUACGCCAUCACGGAAAACGGGAACGUGAUCAACGGCAACACAGCCAAGUUCUCCCAUACACUCCACAUGACGUCAUCGUAUUACGACAAAACGUAAGUCGAAGCCCGCUUCCACUUCACCAUCAGUGACACACACAUUACUCAUUAGUGAUGAACAGGAAAUUAAAGCUACUGUUUUCUGAGAAAGACACUUUGCAAAGGACAACAACGUUUCAUAAUGUCAAAUUGUCUUUAUUUGGAUAUAGGCCUAAUGCAUUUGUCAUUUUUAUGAUUAUUGUUUGCUGUGUAAAGCAGUCAAUCACUCCUAAGACCGUCUGGUUUUACAGUUAGAUUUCUUAACGUUGAUCAAUUUGACUGUAGAAAUGUGUAUUUGAAAUUAUGGAUGUUGAUGAGGUCUCUCAGACCCUUGUGUUUUUCCCCAGCAGGAGAGAGAGGGUCAUAUUCCCUGCAUUACUUCUGGGUAAUGAUCUUCCUCCUCCGAUGAUGAUGUGUGGGGCAGUUAGUCAGUCACCUGCAUGCUGUUUGAUUAACAAGCCUCCCUCCCUUUCCCAUCUAGUGCUGGGGUAGACUUACUCACUGUGGGGCUAGAUAACUGCUUUGGGUAGUGGUACAUUCCCCUGCUUCUUUCUUAACACUGCUGAUACAUCCCCAUGUCUGUCUGUUUGCUGGUGUGAGUUGGUAGCUUUCAAUUUCAAUUCAAUUUGGAUCAAUCGUCAUAUUGUGGGGGGGGGGUUGAUUCUCAGUGGUGUGUUUAAUGACCCAUGGGAAAGCAUGUAGUGCAAUGGAAGGGUUGGUUAUGGUACAGUUCUUUUGAUUUUGUGCUCAGUUAUUGUCAAUUAACUACAAACUACUGCAUGUGAACAAGGCACUACAGUUUUGCAGCUGAUUCUAAAGUGCAAUGUCAAAAGUAACCUUUCACUGUUCUUAUGUAGCCGGUGCUGUCCUUCUGUUGUUCCUUGUUGAAGUUGUAUUUCAAGGUAUAAAUACUACUAGAUGUCCCAUAUAGAAGUGGUGUGACUGUGUGGCGAGGUUGUAGUGUCAUGGCAUUGUGUUUCUGCUGUGUGAACAACUAUUGAUAUGAGGCUGGCUGAGCAUGCUGAGCAGGACAUGGUUACAAGGGCACAGUUUGGGUUUCACCGCAGGGAGGAGUGGAUUAUAAAUAUAGCUCUUUACAAGAGGGCACACACUGCCUCCACUGUGCCUUACUAUCCACAGUCCUAGCUUGCUAAAUAGGACACGAGUUUGAAGUGGAGUAUAUACUAAAUUAUAAACUGGGUGGUUCAAGCCCUAAAUGCUGAUUGGCUGAAAGUCGUGGUAUAUCACGGGUAUGACAAAACAUUUAUUUUUACUGCUCUAAUUACAUUGGUAACCAGUUUAUAAUAGCAAUAAGGCACCUCGGGGGUUUGUGGUAUAUGGCCAAUAUACCAUGGCUAAGGGCUGUAUCCAGGCACUCCGCGUUGCGUUGUGCGUAAGAACAGCCCUUAGCCGUGGCGUAUUGGCCAUAUACCACACCCCCUCUGGCCUUAUUGCUUAAAUACAACAGUACAGCUUAGAAUUUACUUUGUUUGCUAUGGUCCUAACUAUACUGAACAAAAAUAUAAACGCAACAUGCAACAAUUUCAACAAUUUUACUGAGUUAAAGUUCAUAUAAGGAAAUCUGUCAAUUGAAAUAAAUAAAUUAGGCCCUAAUCUAUGGAUUUCACAUGACUGGGCAGGGGCGCAGCCAUGGGUGGGCCUGGGAGGGCAUAGGCCAGGCCAACCCACUGGGGAGCCAGGCCAAGCUAAUCAGAAUGAGUUUUUCCCCACAAAAGGGAUUUAUUACAGACAGAAAUACUCCUCAGUUUCAUCAGCUGUCCGGAUGGCUGGUCUCAGACAAUCCCGCAGGUGAAGAAGCCAGAUGUGGAAGUCCUGGGCUGGCGUGGUUACACGUGGUCUACGGUUGUGAGGCCGGUUGGUAGAAAUUAACAUAAAAUUAUCUGGCAACAGCUCUGGUGGACAUUCCUGCAGUCAGCAUGCCAAUUGCACACUCCCUCAAAACUUGAGACAUCUGUGGCAUUGUGUUGUAUGACAAACUGCACAUUUUAUAGUGGCCUUUUAUUGUCCCCAGCACAAGGUGCACCUGUGUAAUGAUCAUGCUGUUUAAUCAGCUUCUUGAUAUGCCACACCUGUCAGGUGGAUGGAUUAUCUUGGUAAUGGAGAAAUGCUCACUAACAGGGAUAUAAACAAAUUUGUACACAACAUUUUAGACAAAUAAUAUUUUUGUGCUUAUGGAACAUUUCUGGGAUCUUUUAUUUCGUCUUAUGAAAAAUGGGACCAACACUUUACAUGUUGCGUUUAUAUUUUUGUUCAGUGUAAUUUGAACAAACUCCACUAGGUAUUUUACAUUUGUGCAGGGAGGGGCAAACUAGAUCAAAGGACUUUUAGAAACUUUAAGUCAGUGAUCUUCCAAUCGCAUACUGUAUAAACUAUUUGGCACAGUCUAAACCAUAGCAACAGAAUCUAAAAAUAUAUAUUUAAAAAUGUAGUCUUUUUUUUUUAUAUAUGUGAAAUUCCUCCAGAGGUGUUAUUUGUAGUGACUUCCAGCAGAUCUCUUAAUAUCCAGUUUCAUUUUUGGCUGCACGUGCCCGAAGCCCUGUGUGUGACCGUGCCAGGGCCAACCGGUAGUAGAAUAAUGAGGACAGAGUGAGAGGUAACCUGUUGUGGCUCAGGUCACUGGUUCAACCCUGCGCUGGCACUGGGAUCCAUCGACCACUGGUCACUGGUUCAAUUCUGCACUGGCACUGGGAUCCAUCGACCACUGGAAAGUGUGCCUGCCUGUGGAGUGACAUUGAGUGUAGCUUCAUUCAAAUGGCCCCAUUGUUUGGCUGUCUAGUAGAGCUGUAGGCACCAGGGUACCACUGUAAAGUGAUACUCCAGUUUAUCUGCUCCACCAAUAGGGCUACAUUUUAUUUAAUUUGUUUUACAUAUACCACUCCCCCGUUAUAAUUAAUUUGCUUAGGUCUAGCCCAUUCAUUACAACUCUCAUUAUUUAAAAUGACAUGUAAUACCUAGCUAAUUAUUAGGCUAGGCAGAUUUGAUUUUUGUUACAUUUUAGUCAUUUAGCAGACGCUCUUAUCCAGAGCGACUAACAGUAAGUGAGUGCAUACAUUUUUCAUACUGGCCCCCUGUGGAAAUCGAACCCACAACCCUGGCGUUACAAGCGCCAUGCUCUACCAACUGAGCUACAGGAGGCCCUUUUUUCUAUGCUUUUACCACCUUAUAAUAUGAAUACAGCAAGUGAGAUGCUGCCUAACCCUCAGUAGACCAGACUAACCCAUGUUGUGUUUUGUGUUUACAGCAGGUUGGUGAACGGCCUGGACUCUGGCACACUGACAGCCAUCACAGCACCCCCCGCUCCCUCCCCCCCUGGCCUACUGCCUCUCAUCGUGUGACAGUGACAGACACCACGCCCUAAUUUACCCCCCCCCCCCCCCCGCCGCCGCCGCC